AUGACGCCGGAAGCGCCCGAGGAUUUGCAGAAAUUGCAGCCGAGCGGCGUGCAAUUCGGCUACCAGUCGAUGGAAUGCGAUCCGGAGACGGAGAUCGCCGCGAAAAACCUGCAGAACAUCAACGAUCAAUUGAUGUUCCAAUCGAACCCCGACCAAAUGGAUAAAAACGACGCUAAAAUAUUGGAGGGUAUCGAAUACAUGCCUACGGAGAUACAAAACUGCGUGGAAAUCGAAUCGACCAAUCUAAUCAGCAUACCGGAUAAUCAAAUCGUAGAGAUACAAUUCCGAAACGACGGGGGAAUAGUCAACGCUCAAUACAUAGUGGAUAAUAAUCUAACGGAAGAAGCCGAUGUUAAUAAAUCCACGUUGAUAAACCUGAAAGAUGGCGUGUACGAGGAAAUCAUACCGUUCCACGUUAUGGAAACCCCCGGUAACACGGAGAACUUCGAAAUCGUCCAGCAAGUGGAAGAAGAACCCGUCCAAAAAUCCAACCACAACUCGUUCGAAAACAUCAUCAACAUCCCGAUGCUCAGCCCGCCGAGCGAGACCGACGAACAGCCCGAGACCGAUCUGACCAGCCUGAACUGGUUGCACAACAUCACCAACAUCAUGUCGGUGCCCAACAUUCCCACGCCGCCCGUCUCGCCGCCGCCCAAGCCCAAGCGGAAGUCCGCCGCCCACCAGGAGGACCUCACCAUCAACAUCAACUACUACAAGAACAACGGCGACAAGAAGCCGCCCUUCUCCUACGCCACCCUCAUCUGCAUGGCGAUGAGCAAGAACGGCAACAAGAUGACCCUCUCGGCCAUCUACAAUUGGAUCCUCGAGAACUUCUUGUACUACAGGAAAGCCCAUCCCAGCUGGCAGAACUCCAUUAGGCACAAUCUGUCGUUGAACAAGUGCUUCGUGAAACACCCGCGAUCGAAGGACCAGCCGGGCAAAGGGGGCUUCUGGAAAUUGGACCUGGAGCGAUUGGAGGAGUCGAGGCGAUCGAAGAGGCGGUCCAGUUUGACGGUGAGAUCGCCGAGGAAUCGACUGCCCGAUCAGAAAGUGCAGAAACCAUCUCGGAAAACCAAAAGGUACCGAUCUAGCCAGAAAACGGGCGAAAGAAAGCACAAUAUCCUCUCUAACAUAUCGAUUUGCGGGGACACCACGGACAUAGAAAACUGCGACGAGUCGCCCAAAAAGGACAAGAAAACACCCAGUAAUCGAUCCGAGGAUGAGGAGAAAACGAAGGAUCAGAAAUCCAACGAAUUCGUGCCGAAUUCGAUGCCAAAUCAAUCGGUGAUCACCGAGCAGGUGAAUCAAAUGUUGGGAGAGGACGAAUUGACGGGGCUCCUGCUGGCUACCAACGGUUGGGACGACUGCCAGCUGGAGUUGCUCGAUUCGCUGCUGGAUUCGCUGUAA